AUGAGGCGCGGCAGCAUCCGCGCGGGCCGAAAAAUCCUGAGCAGCGAUGGCGGCGCAUCACAUCAAAGGCCGCUGGAAUCUGGCGCUUCAAACGGCACGCCGCGGCCCCGUUCGGCGCUUCGCCAGCGCAGCACAGCCCAGGCCAGCAACCAGCCAUCCCAGCGCAUCCCAGGCGCCGCCUGCAGGAAAGGGGAACAGUCUCACUCUGUGUCGUACUACAGACGCCCGGGAAGGCACCUGCUGACGUGCCAGGUUGCUGGUGGUGUUACCUGUGGCCGGCAGGCGGCUGGUGUGACAGGUAGGGAGGGAGGGAGGGAGCUGCGAGAGGCCACGUCGUCGCGGGGCCCACCUGCUGCGGCGCGCGCCCCGGCCACAGCAAACAGUUUCCAGCCGGCGGCGAUAAGAGCCGAGCCGUCAGCUGUGGCCGCUCACACAGGCAGGCAGCCGCUGCCGGCUAAACUGCGGCGCGUGCGGCCGGUGGGCGGCCCGGCCGGCGCCCGCUAUAUUGGAAUCCGGCCGUCUCUGGCCGCCCCCGCCUCCGCCCCCGCCCCCGCCCCCGCCUCCGACGCCAGACCAGCCCGGCUGCCAGUGGGUUGGUGGGAGUCGGGGGUGGAGGGUGGGGGACGCCGUCCCCCGCCACCGCUGCCGCUGACGGCUGACUUGGCGAGGGGCUGUGCCGCCGUUGUCGGGCGCGCCCCCGCGACUUCUCUCUGUGCGGCCCCCAAAAAAAUAUAA